ACGUUUGACAAUUGAAUUCCCCAUUGUUUCAGCUUGUAAUUGUAGUUUUCCGAAAUCACAUUAAAUUCGUUCUGACCUAUCGUUUCGUCGGGAUGCGGCGAUGUCGCCGCCUCUAAGCGCGUUCGUUCCGUGCCCUCGGCGAGAUUUUGACGUUUGACGUGCGUCGGUGUUCCGUGGCCCGUCGGUUUCGAUGUUUCGCGGAAGUUCGAUUAUUAAUUGAUAGCGGAAAAAAUGCACCCGUGGCGAUGAUCGUGCCCGAUAAGGACCGCCACUGACGCGCGAUGGUCUGGCUUUACGACCAUGUCGCGGUCGACGUGUCCCAGGAGAACCUGCUCGAGAGGCGGAAGUGCAUCAACGUCAAGAGGCAAUGGAAGCGACUGUCCAAGUGCCAAAAGAGCUGCCUGUACACGGUAAUCACGAUCGCCAUCCUGACGGUUUUCUACUACAAGUCGUUCGACUCCGGCGGGGCCGUGAUUACGGUCGACGUCGACAAGGGCGGCGACGAUCCCGACAACGUCGGGAACCAAGUGCUCGAGGAGCCGAACGACGUGAACGGCAACAACAACGGGAACAGUAACCAGGUAGUCGAACCACCGAACAACGUCAUCGCGUUCCCAGGCCCAUCGACGGCGAAACAAAAGGCGGUAAUAAAGGCGUUCAGGCACGCGUGGAAGGGGUACCGGCAGUUCGCGUGGGGCCACGACCACCUCAAGCCCAUUUCCGAGGGCUACAACGACUGGUUCGGGCUGGGGUUGUCCAUCGUCGACUCCCUGGACACCAUGUACAUCAUGGGGCUCAAAGAAGAGUAUGCGGAGGCGCGCGAUUGGGUCGAUAAACACCUGACCUUCGACGUGAACCGCGACGUUAACCUCUUCGAGGUCACGAUCAGGAUAUUGGGCGGGCUGCUGAGCGUCUACCAUUUCACCAAGGACGAUUUGUACUUAAAAAAGGCGACGGACCUGGGGGACCGACUGAUGCCGUGCUUCGAGUCCGACUCGGGGGUGCCGUACUCCGACGUCAACCUGUUCACGCACAAGGCGCACGCGCCGAAAUGGUCACCCGACAGCAGUACCUCCGAGGUGACGACGAUCCAGCUGGAGUUCCGGUACCUCAGCUGGGUGACCGGCGAUCCCAAAUACGAGACGGCGGUGCUGAAGGUGUCCCGGCUGAUCCACGCUCUGGAGAAGAAGGACGGCCUGGUACCGAUCUUCAUCAACGCCAACACGGGCCAGUUCCGGUCGUACGCCACUGUGACGUUGGGGGCCCGCGGCGACAGCUACUACGAGUACCUGCUCAAGCAGUGGAUCCAGACGGAGAAGUCGCUCGACUACCUGGUGAACGACUACGUCGAGGCGGUCGACGGUAUCCGGAAGCACCUGGUGCGCAAGACGGUGCCGAACGGGUUCGUGUUCGUCGGCGAGCUCCUCGGCGGCGGCAAAGACUUCAAGCCCAAGAUGGACCACCUGACGUGCUACCUGCCCGGCACGCUCGCGCUGGGGGCGCACAACGGCCUGUCGCGGGCCCACGCCGACCUCGCAGACGACCUUAUGACUACUUGCUACCAGACCUACGCGCAGCAGCCCACUUUCCUCGCGCCCGAGAUCACGUACUUUAACAUUCAGGGUGAGACGUCGAACGACAUGUACGUGAAGGCCAACGACGCGCACAACCUGCUCCGGCCGGAAUUCAUCGAGAGCCUGUGGGUGAUGUACCAGUUGACCGGCAACGCGACCUACCAAGACUGGGGCUGGCAGAUAUUCCAGGGCUUCGAGAACUACACGCGCGUCCUGAACGGCUACACGUCCAUCGGGAACGUCCGCAAUCCGGCCAACGUCCGUCCGAAGGACAUGAUGGAAUCGUUUUUCCUCAGCGAGACCCUCAAGUACCUCUACCUGUUGUUCAGCGACGACCCGAAGCUGCUCGACCUCGACAAGUUCGUCCUCAACACGGAGGCCCACCCGUUGCCGAUCGGCCGGAACCGCGCGUGAUUCCGGCCGGGACGCGCGCGUCGCGGGCCCCUGUUUUUCUAGUGAAAUUUAUCGUCUAGUCAGUCACCCGUUUUUGUUUCUCCUUUUUAUUCUGUUUUUGGGGUUUGAGGAGGGUAGGGAGCUCGCUCCCUCAUAUUGAGGGGCCGCGGAGUGGUUUAGGGUGGGGCGGACGUUUUCUGGGAGAUUCUUUUUUUUUUUUUUCAU